AUCAUUCAGUGAUCGAGAUGUUUUCUACAAAACUGGUACUGUUUAGUUUCUUGGUAGCAGCAGUAGCAUGCGAGGAGCUGGACUUCCCCCCGGGAUUCCAGUUUGGAGCUGCUUCAGCAGCAUACCAGGUGGAAGGCGGCUGGAAUGCUAGUGAUAAAGCCGAGAACAUUUGGGACAGGUUUGUACACGACAAGCCCCAUUUCAUAGCUGACCUGGCGAAUGGAGACGUGGCUUGUGACUCCUACCACCUCUGGAGGCGCGACAUCGAGAUGGCUGCUGAGCUUGGCCUGCACUUCUACCGCUUCUCCAUUGCCUGGAGUCGACUGCUGCCGAACGGUUUCGCCGACAAAAUUAGUGAGGACGGACUCAACUACUACAACAACGUGAUCGACGGACUCCUUGAGAAGGGCAUUCAGCCGAUGGUGACGCUGUACCACUGGGAUCUGCCGCAAAGUCUACAGGAUUUAGGCGGGUGGACUAAUCCCCUCAUUGUGGACUGGUUCGGAGACUACGCACGCGUGGUCUUCUCCCACUUCGCAGACAGGGUCAAGAUCUGGAUCACCAUCAAUGAACCCUUAUCGUUUUGUGAUGGCACUUAUAGUUAUGGCACCAACGCACCAGGAAUAUAUGACCCUGAAGUCGGCACUUAUCUGUGCAAUAAAAAUGUGUUGUUGGCCCACGCGAAGGCUUAUAGGAUUUAUGACAAGGAGUUCAGAGAGAUGUACCAAGGUGAAUUGACACUGGCUAAUCAUCUGAUGUGGUACGAACCAUUCACCCCUGAAGAUGAGGAGUUGGCGGAGACAGCGAGGCAGUACAUGGUCGGUCGCUACUCCCACGCCGUGUACUCAAAAGAGGGAGGCUGGCCGCCAGUGGUGGAAAAAAUUAUUGCUGAGGAGAGCAAGACUAAGGGUUACUCCAAGUCGACCCUGCCAGCGUUUACUGACGAGGAAAUUGAGUUCAUUAGAGGUACAUUUGACUACUACGCAGUGAACCACUACACGAGUCGACUAACGCGUUUGGCGGAAGAGGGCGAGGUACGUGACAUGACCCAAGGUUUGCCGGAGAUCAACGUGACAUACGAAGUACAACCUGAUUGGAAGCGUGCACAUUCCUCGUGGUUGUUUGUUUAUCCCGAAGGUCUGCGUAACCAAAUACUGUGGCUGAGGGAGCGGUAUGGUGACAUGAAGUUCAUCGUCACAGAGAACGGAUACUCCAGCUCUACCGGGUCGCAAGACACGGAGAGAAUAGAGUAUUACAAAGAAUAUUUAAAACAGAUCCUUCUGGGCAUCAAGGAAGACGGACUCAACAUCGCUGGAUACACCGCGUGGACUCUCAUGGACAACUUCGAAUGGGGGGACGGGUACAACUCGAGGUUCGGCCUCUACCAAGUGGACUUCACGUCUCCAGAACGAACUAGGACUCCUAAAGCAUCCGCCGAGUUUUACAAGAAACUAAUACAACGACAUUCUUUGAACGUAGAUUAACUGAUGAGCGUCUGCUCAGGGUACGCCGGGUAGGUAAGGAUGUCCUUACCCGUGAUUUUAAUGGCCGAUUUAGUUAUAGCAAAGCCGGAAAAUAAAAAACCUGCUUUGCGACCGCCACUGUUGCUUUAUCGUCUUAAAGUUAACGUAUUCAAUGCAAGAAUAUCGUUCCAUGUUGUGAUGUAUUGAUAUUAAAGAUCAGUACAGCCCAACGGUAACGCAACACUGCCGGGCCGUUAGCGGCGCUAGGCGGACGUCUCCGGUGUGCUGUGCUGAACUUACUGUUUA